AAACAAACCAACCCCUUCAAAAUAAAAAUAAAAAUAAAAAUAAUAAAAAAAAACACCACCCUUAUCUAAAUUAUUAUUAUUAUUAUCAUCUCCUCCCGCUCCCGCUCGCUCGCGCCAUUUUCCAGCCCAAAGCCAAGCGCCUCGGCUCGCUCUCGCCGCCUCGCCGCGCGCCGCGCGCUCGCCAUGGAGAUCGGUGGCGUGCUCGUGUCGCUGCUCUUCGCCGCCUUCUCCCUCCCCUGCCUCCUCCUCCUCCUCGUCCUCGCCGAGGCCGGCCUCCGCCUCGCCUCCCUCGCGCUCCGCGGCGGCCGCUACGCCUGGCCCACCCGCUCCGACUUCCUCGGCUACCGCAUCGCCCGCCGCCGCCGCGCCGCCGUCUCCGGCGGCGCCGGCGGGGCGGACGGCGAGGAGGAGGCGCAGCCGACGGCGGAGUGCUGCGACCGCCUUGCCGUGGCGAUGUACCGGCGCGGGCGCGACGCGGCUCCCGUGGACUGCGUGUUCUGCCUGUCGCGGGUGGACGACGGCGAGGAGGUCCGCGAGCUCCGGUGCCGCCACGUCUUCCACCGCGCCUGCCUCGACGCCUGGCUCGUCCUCCCGCGCGCCACCUGCCCGCUCUGCCGCGACUGCCUCCUCCCGCCGCCGUGCGAGCCGCCGCGCAGCUUCCCGCUCGACUACUACGACGACGACGACGACGUCCACUUCGGCUUCAACGACUUCUCCAUCACCUCCUCCACCACCACCACCACCUCCGCCGCCGCCGCCGUCGCCUACCCACACGGCGUCGCGCUCUGGCCCAUGUAAUAAAUGUAAUAAUCGCCAUUGCUGCCGCUGCCGGCUGCCGCCAUGCGAGAAGCCGAGGAGCAGAGUGUUCUCUCUGUUUUUCUUCUUCUUUUUUUUUGGUUUCUUUUUGCAUAGUUUUUUUUAGUAAUUAGUUGCUAAUUAAUUUGGGACUGAUUGCUUGAUUAAUCUAAUGUAAUCUAAGAUGAUCUGGCUAGGUGGCCCAUGUAAAGUAAUGUAAUAAUCUCCAAUUCUCCAUUGUUGCUGCCACACGAGAGAAGCCGAGAAACACACAGGGAUCUUUUGGCUAGCUUUACGAGGUGAUAGGCUAGACGAUUUGAAUUUGAAGCCUCGUUCUUUCUAGCUA